AUGGGAUCUGUGAAUCGAAGAAAACGCGAAACGCCCAAGAAUAAGGUCCUCGCAGAGCUGAACAAGUUGGUUGGAUUGAAAGAAGUCAAAGAGCAGUUUGAGAAUAUAGAAGGUUGUGUUCGUAUCUGCUCUCUCCAAGGAACGAACCCCCGAACAGAACGGUGGCAUGCUGUUUUCCAAGGAAACCCUGGAACAGGAAAAACUACAGUGGCUAGACUAUACGCUAGAUUUUUGCGGUGUAUGGGCAUUGUAAAAUCCAAAUCAUAUAAAGAAACAUCUGGUGCACAACUAGUAUGCAUGGGGCCAAGAGAAGUCAAGGAGUUGUUCGAGGUACCUGGAGUUAGCCCACUUCAGGAUGGCGGUUUUCUAUUUGUUGACGAGGCCUAUCAGCUAACUGCUCCUCAUGUGCCCAACGCCGGUCGCCAAGUUCUCGAUAUUAUUCUUACAGAGAUUGAAAACAAUGUCGGCAAUUUAGUUGUCAUCUUUGCGGGAUAUAAAGAAGAGCUCGAAUCAUUUUUUGCACACAAUCCUGGGUUAAAAAGCCGAAUUCCUCAUACUCUUCAAUUUGCGGAUUUUACUGAUCAAGAGCUGCUACAAACUCUCGUUGGUCGAAUUGAAAGAAAAUACAAAGGCAGGAUGAGAGUCGAGGACGGAAUGCAUGGAAAAUACAUGCGCGUGGCUAUUCGUCGACUUGCGCGCAGCCGAGGAAAGAAGGGAUUCGGUAACGCCCGCGCUGUGGAAAAUGUAUUACUCAAAAUUUGGGAGCGUCAAGCAAAACGCCUUUCUAAACGCAAAAACCUGACAGACAAAGAAGUUUUUACUUUUACCAAGGAGGAUAUUCUUGGACCCAAUCCUACCGAUGUUAGAUUGACAAGCUCGGCUUGGGCAAAGCUUCAACAGCUUACCGGACUGGAAGAGGUGAAGAAAUCAAUUAAUAACAUGUUUGAAGCGCUUGAGAUGAACUAUCGACGAGAAAUGGCCGAGCAGGUACCUUUGAGCUUCUCUUUGAAUCGGAUAUUUGUUGGGUCACCUGGUACUGGUAAAACCACUGUGGCGAAGUUGUACGGCCAGAUACUAGUCGACUUGGGCUUCCUCAGCAAUGGCGAGGAAGUGGUUACAAAAAAUCCUGCAGACUUUAUAGGCGAGGCUGUCGGAAAAUCAGAAGCACAGACGAAAUCCAUACUUUCGGCAACAGUCGGUAAGGUCUUGAUCAUUGAUGAAGCUUAUAUGCUGGAUCCUGGUGAAGCGUCUAAGCGCAAUGAUACAUACAGAGGCGCUGUGCUCGAUACACUUGUUGCCGAAGUACAAAGCGUGCCUGGUGAAGACCGUUGCGUGAUUUUGCUUGGCUAUGAAGAUAGACUGAUGGAAAUGUUUCGUAAUGCCAACCCCGGGCUUUCGGGAAGAUUUGCCGCCGACAAGCCAUUUCGUUUUGAAGACUUUAGCCAAGCUCAACUCUGGGACAUCCUGCACCGAAAAUUGGGGGCUCGAAACUUGCAAUCGACAGCAGAGGGCUCGAAAGCUGCCAUGGAGGUCUUAAACCGAGCUCGAAUGCGCCAGGAUUUCAGCAAUGGAAGAGAGGUUGACAGUCUUGUCUCAUCUGCCACGGAAAAUAACCUACAAAGACAGUCAAAAGCAGGUGCAUCUAACUAUGGCUAUGAUAUGAUCUUAAGCCAAGAGGAUUUUGACCCGAAUCAUGGUCGUGCACAGCAAGCCUCUGCCAAUUGUAGAGCUUUUCUGCAAAACAAAGUAUCGAACGAUGUCAUAUUCCAACUGGAACAGUAUCAAAGUCUAGUUCAAGCUACUAGAUCACGGAAACUUGGUACUACCUCGAUCAUCCCAAAGUCGUUUAUUUUUAAAGGGCCUUCAGGUACCGGAAAGACUACGGUUGCCCGGUAUAUGAGUACUUUAUUGCACGAUCUAGGAGUCUUGUCCACCAACAAGAUAUUCAUUGAAUGUUCAGCAGCAGAUUUUAUUGGUGAACACGUGGGCCACACUGCUCCUAAAACAAGAUCACAGUUUAUGAAAGGUCUCGGAGGAGUUUUAUAUAUCGACGACGCCCACCAGCUUAUGGAAGGCGGGUAUGCUACUGAGGCCAUCAAUGAGCUUGUUCGACUUUUACAAAAGCAUAGUGAGAAGAUUGUUAUAAUCUUGGCUGGGCCAUAUCACGAGAUUGAAGCACUCAUGUCGAAAGCGCAUGGCAUCAGCGGCUCUGUUUUUAAAGAAAUCAUCUUCGAAAACCUUUCCGCUUCGGAAUGUUUGACUCUACUCAAACGAUUGCUGGGGGAAAACGGAAUCGGUAGCAGUAUCUUUAGUGAUCAAAUCGUGAAGUGCUUCGUAAACCAAUUCGAGAUACUUUGCAGCAUGAAUCAUUGGAGAAACGCCAACGACGUACGAUCGUUAUCAGAUUGGAUGGUAACAGAUGUUCUCACUAAUAAUAUACCCGGUGGCCAGGCUGGCAAUGGAUUGAAUCUCUCGGUAGAGCGGGCUAAUUUCUUUUUCCAAAAGAUGUUCCAGAUGAAGUCUGCUAUGCAAAUGAACGAUCCCCACAACAUAAUGGAAGCAUUUCGCCAAACAGAGUCAGCUCGACUGUCAAUCAGUUACCAUAUGUCAGAAAACAAGCCGCAAACCUGUUUCACUGAGCAAGCUACAUGCAUGCAGACUAACAAAGCUGAAGAGCCUACCACAAUCAAGGAGGAGUCAUACUGCGCAUAUGACGAGCAGGUGAACAAAAUCAAGUCUGUGCAACAAGUUUUGCAGUCUAUCGGACAAUGUGAGGCUGGAUUUGAUUGGGUCAGAGAAGGCAGUGGCUAUAGGUGCAAGGGAGGAAGCCACUACGUGUCUGACAGCCAAGUCCAGGCAUAUACUUCGUAG